AUGUCUGAAUUUGUCAGAAAUCGGGAAACCUGGAUAGGACUGUUCUUUGAGGACCAUGUUUGGAAAUGGACGGAUAACUCUGUGUAUGAUUGGUCUAACUGGGAGCCCUACUCAGAGUUAAAGGAAGGCAACUGUGUGUCCGUCAAUCUGGCUAACGAUUACCACUGGGAAAAGACAGUUUGUGAUGAAACAAAGUCAUUUUUCUGUGAAUUUCAGCAAGGAAGAUGUAAUUUCCGAAUGUAUCCAAACUCAAGUCUAUCUGGAAAUAGCAUAUUAAAGCGAACCGAAAGCAUAGGUUACUGUUUGAGUGUGUGUGAGGAGGCUACUGAAAUAACGUGUCUGUCGUUCGAGUAUAGCCAGUAUCUGGGCACGUGUCAACUCAAUGACGUCAACAGAUGGAUUAAGGAGGACAGUUACAGUGUGUAUGAUCCAACAUGGAGUUAUUAUCAUCGCACUUGUGUUCAAGCAACGAUUUGGCCAGCAAACACUACGACACCCAGUGAUGACAGUAACUCAACUAGUGUGAACCCGUCUCAACAGGAAAAUUCUACCACCACUGAUGUUGAUGACGUGUAUCUUCUAGGUUUAUCCGGAGUACUAGAACCUCACCAUUACGUCAUCUACAACACGUCAUUAAGCUGGUACGCUGCCCAGGAUGUGUGUAAAAAUGAGGGAGGAUUCCUGGCCACAGUGUACGACCAGGCCACAUUGCCAGAAACCGGAUACAUAGGUCAUCACGUGACGAAGACAAUGUGGAUAGGUCUGGCACGUACCCCGGAUAGGUAUUGGCGGUGGGUAGGAAACACCUCGCUCACAUGGAAGAAUUGGAAGUACCAACCAAAGCCGACAGAUCGCUCGGAGAAAUGUGCAAUGGUUAUCCUCGAUGACAACGCAUACUGGUAUCCCACUGUGUGUCAGACAAAACUAUGGUUCAUUUGUCAGUUUCCUGCAGAAAAAUGUAUUUACUCGAAAACCCCUGAGGCAGCCUUGCUUGCAAACAACAACAGGAUGUAUAAUGGCAUCAGUCUCUCCGACUGUCAGCAACUGUGUGAUAACACUACAGAGUUCCAGUGCAGAUCAUAUGAAUAUUUCCGGUAUUCCGGAGGUAUCUGUCAGCUCAGCGAAGGAAAUAAAUGGACACUAGCGUCAUAUUACAAAACAGAUUUAUUUGGAUGGGAUUACUACCAUAAACAGUGUAACUUUGGAGGCCCUCUACCGGAGAUCCCUACCACUACGACAACCACGUCUACUACCACGACAACUAUCCCUACCACGACGACGGAGGAACUUACCACAACAACCGAACCAACUACAACAACUAAACCUCCGACAACAACCCUAAAGCCGUCGACAACAACCCUAAAGCCUUCGACAACAACCCUAAGGCCGUCGACAACAACCAAAAAGACAUUCAAUGAGAUAAAGAAUGAGCUUGUAGCAAUGGGUGACGAAAUACGACUAAAACGUCUGAAGGAGCGGCGGACCAGUGCGGUCGACAACAGACCCUCGGCAACGGGAGCCGGUGUCGUCGCCACCAUCAUACUGGGCAGCAUCAUAGCACUAGUGGUUGUCCUGGACAUCGGCACCAUAAAGGCCACAUGCGAACAGCACAGACGUAGGAAGAGGACGCGGCGUCCUGUGUGUGUCGCGGAAGACAACUACGCGUUCGAGAUGGACGAUCACAGAAAAGAUAGCUUACUGGAUGAUGACGAUACCUCGGACAUAGUGAGAGUAGAACGUGAGGGCGAUAAUGAUAGUGGAGGUAUCAGUAUCACGGGAAACCACAUAGAGGUUCAGAUCAUUAAUCCUGACGACACGUUCGAUGAUUCUGCAAACGAAACGGGUACGAGGAGUAUAGACUCAGGCGAAUAUGCGGUCUGGUCAUCACCCGUUAGAACUUAUCAUGGUGAACGUUUCGGUCAUAUUGGUACACAGACGACUCCACAUGAGUUAGAUCAUGCAAGACAACUAUGGGUGAAGUACCGUGGUAGACCUAAUUUCGACGAUUUACAAAGAGCAAGGCAGCAGAAAUCAAAAAACAUUGAAACACAGACGAUAAGUUGUCGGUUGGAUGCGGAAUCAUCGGUAGACGGUGACUAUGAUCAAAACAGUAUAAAUGGACAGGUUACCGAGGACACCUGGUUCUAACGUACAUUAAAUACUGUAAUCAUGACAUUUUUUUUAUAUUAGUCAUACAUUUAUCAAUUACUACAAACCACGUUACAGUAUUUAAUGUUACAAAUGAAAUUCUCAAAAUAUUAUUAUGCAAAGCCAUUUUGUCCGAAAUCAU